AUGACUGAGGAAGAAAAGAAGAAAACCAAAUUAACUCCUCAACAAAUAAUGGAAGCAAAAGAUGCAUUCAAUAUCUUCGAUCGUAACUCUCAUGUUAAAGUUAGCGAAAAUGAACUUGUUACAGUCAUGAGAUCUCUCAGACAAAAUCUAUCACAGAAAGAAGUUAAAGAAUUAAUCUCAACACUAGAUUUAGACAAUUUGCAGACGUAUGUGCGCUCAACUCAAUGA